GCCAGGAGAGAGUGGGUCAAAAGCCUAAAUAAAACACAAAGCAGGAGCCCAAACCAGACACACACACCCAGCCUAGAGUGCCUCCACCCACGCCUCAGUUUCCACAAGGAACCUGUGCGCAUCGGUCUCCUUCCUGCCACAUCCAUCCCUGCGGGUUGACAGGCACCCCCUCUGUUUGGUCUCCGCGAGAACCAGAGGUACAGCUCCACAGGGGUAGGAUACGGAGAUGACCCGGACACAGAACAGAGAGUGUGAGCCAAGCCCGUGAAGAGGAAGACAAGGCUCUCAGGCAGAGCGAGCCUAGACAUGCUGGGCGCUCCCAGGGUGAAGGUGGGUCCAGACCCGCCCCUCCUCAGUUUCCUAUAAGUGCCAGGAACCAGGGGCGGCUGGGCCACACACCAUGAGGCCCUCCGUGACACCGAGGACCUUCCUGCUGGCUUUCGCACUGCUGUGCACCCUGCUGGGUCUCGGGUGCCCGCUGAGCUGCGAAGUGUGUAGGGGCUCGGGUCCCACGUGCAGCGGGAAAAUGAAGACCUGCGAGGCCGGCAAGGACGCCUGCGUGGUCAUCGUGGGCGAGUCGAGCACCAAGGGCCACCACUCCGUGAACACUUACAAAGCCUGCAUGAAGUUCAGCGACUGCUACUCGGGCUUUGUGUCCACCACCAUGGGCCCCAAGGACUACAUGGUGUCCAACACGAACUGCUGCCAGAGCGACGGCUGCAACCGCGGCUCGGUGCCCCCUCCCCAGAACAACCGCACUGAGAACGGCCUCCUGUGUCCUGCCUGCAUUGUGCCUUUCCACGAGACGUGCCCCGGGACCCAGGCAGCCCACUGUGUGGGCCAGGAAACCCACUGCAUCUACUUCGCUGGCAACGUGCAGGCUGGUAUCAUCAACGCCAAGUUUGCCACUCGAGGCUGCGCUACAGAGAGUGCCUGCAACACCAAGCCCGGGGCCGAGGUGCCCUCAGCCUCCUAUCUCUACUUCCUGCGCAGAGCAGACUGCCUUCCAGCCCCCCAGCCGCCCGGCAGAGCCGAGUGAGGAACUGAGGAAUGUGCGGCCCGAGUUCCCCAUUGGUGCUCAGCCUGCAGCUCCCUGUGUGUCUAUAAAGCAAGCAGAUU